CUCACUGAGAGGAUGCUAUCGAUCAGGCAUGCAGAUGUUUUCACCUCCAGUUUGAUAAAUAUGCUGAUGCGCACGUCUUUUCCUGCUCCUCAUUUGCUUAUUGGCUAAGGUAAUGUGAGCAGCGCGCGCUUCACACUGCAUGGGAACGCCGUGUCAUCGAUGCAGAACUCGUCAGCGCUGGUCGGGAUGGUGAGCCACUGUCAGACCCCAUCUUUCACAGACUUCGCCGGACUGUCUCUUUCCGUGUAUGGGGGCAAGGCGGACAUUUGCACGCGCCGAGCCGGGAGCGCUGGUUUCGGGAGUCAGAUUUGCCGGAGCCCCCCGGACUCUCAGGCGCACAUGAGCUGCGCCAGCCCGAAGAGACUCACCGCUGCCGCGGAGGAAAAAGCGCAUCUGUCAGUCAAAGCACAGCGCUCGUGCCUCCCGCUUCCAGCCGUGCAAGUGAACGGUGCUUACUGCUCAGAGAAAGAGGCAGAUGCAGAGCUGGGUGGUGCUCAGGGCUCCCUGAUGCGAUGUGGGCAGAGCUUGCCCUUGCUGGUGGGGGGUCAUUUAGGGGGGCUUUAUACCCAGAGCCUCCACUGUGACAGACCUACACCCGAUCUCCUCCUGCAGGACGGCCCUCACCAGGACACCAGAUCCUCCCCUGCUUUCCAAAGGACCCUGCCGGGGGCCUCACUCAGCCUGGGCUGCGGCACUGCCAAUGGCGCUCAGUCUUCUCUGCCCUACCCUAUCAAACAGGAAAACCCAAUGGGCUACAAAAUCUCCAACAACGGGUCAGGGGUCCACAGCACGUCUCAGGCCGGGUUUCAGAACUGUCGGGCGGGUCAAGCAAUGGGAUCAUCACAGGUUAGCUCCAGCAGUAAUGGUGUACGUACAGUAAGUGGUGUAGGUAGCGCUGUGUCAGGGGAUGCAGUGCAAGCGUUUAAUAAUGAAGAUGGCUCCUCCCCGCUGGCUUUGUCCCCAACUGGCUCCCGUCAUUCAGCGCGGCUGCUCAGUGCUAGCAGUCUGAAGAGACGCUGCCUCUCCCUGGCCUCACAGUCCAACUCGGCUGCAGCGGGUCCCCCAUCAGAUUCUGGCGCUGUUUCCGAAGGCAUCAACAUCACCGCCAUCAUCUGCUCCUCCUCCCAGAUGUCAAUGGUCACCUGCGUCAACGGCUUCCGCACUAACCUCUCGCCCAGCCACGCCAGCAGUGCCGGCUUUUCCUCCUCUUCCUCCUCCUCUUCGACAUCCCCACCCUCUAACUCCUGCUCGCGAGAAGCCCCCCAGAGGCCCCCACCGCACAGCAGCCCCCAGCAGGCUUUGCUACAAGAGAGCUGUCAGCUAUCCUCACCUGCCACCUGCCUGCUCUCCCUCUCCUCCUCCUCCUCCUCCUCCUCUUCGUCCUCCUCAUCGGUGUCAUCAGCAGAGCCAGAGCAAGGCCAGGGGCUGUGUGAGGAGCAGGGCUCCAUGCUGCAGGGGCGGGGGGCUGCGGGAACCGCUGGGGGAGGUGUUGGAGGAGGGGGAGGCCAGGAUGGGCUGGGGCUCUUGAUGAGUGGGGCACUGAUGUCCGGGAUGCUGCAUUCAGGGCCUGAAUCUGGGGCUCUUUUGGACGGGGGCCAAAGAUCAGGGGCCGUUCUCAAGCAGGAGCCCCUAGACGAUUUUUCACCCAGUGAAGAUGAACUCUUUCAGCACCACUAUCACCAUCACCAUCAGCUUAGUGGCUGCAACGGGCACCUCCGCCCCCCUCACCACACGUCCCGCCCUGCUAUGCCUCCACCCUACCACUUACACCAAUAUGUGGGGCCCAAUUCAGGGGGCCUGCUGCACCAUCAGAGCCAGCAAACAGCACCAACCUCUUCUCUAGGUCUCAAACCAACAUCUGGAACACCUGCUGGCUCUCACUUGGCACCGGAGCAGGAAGAAGUGGUUGGAGGAGGAGGGACGUUGGUUGACAGGCAGGUAUGUCGGUGGAUUGACUGCAGUGCAGCGUACGAGCAGCAGGAGGAGCUGGUGAGGCACAUUGAGAAGGUGCACAUCGACCAGCGCAAAGGGGAGGACUUCACGUGUUUCUGGGCCGGCUGUAUUCGCCGUUACAAACCUUUCAACGCACGUUACAAGCUGCUCAUUCAUAUGAGAGUCCACUCUGGAGAGAAACCCAACAAGUGCAUGUUCGAAGGCUGUAACAAAGCGUUUUCACGUCUGGAGAACCUGAAGAUCCACCUGAGGAGCCACACAGGAGAGAAGCCGUACCUGUGCCAGCACCCCGGCUGCCAGAAAGCUUUCAGCAACUCCAGCGACCGAGCCAAGCAUCAGCGCACUCACCUGGACACGAAACCGUACGCGUGUCAGAUCCCUGGCUGCACCAAGCGCUACACAGACCCCAGCUCGCUACGCAAACACGUAAAGAUCCACUCAGCCAAAGAGCAACAGGUGCGUAGAAAGCUUCGGCCCUGUCCUCACCUGGAGCAGGACGUCCUGAGUGACUGUCUGUCCAUGCAGCACCUGCAGAGCUCUUCCUCCUCGCAGCACCUCUACAGUGGCAAGGAUUGUCGUUCCCCUGGACUUAGCCAGGACAUCUUCACAGGCCUGUACACUGGCUCCAGCACCCCCCAUCACAGCGCCUCAGUGGACCUCCUCACCCCCACGACUAACCCCGCCUCCAGCGCCGUCACUGACCUGCCCACCCGACAACACAGACUGGACCGCGACCUCAACAGCCCUCAUCACCUGUCCCCACUGACUGCCAUGGACAGCACGAGAGACGGGGUGCCAGGUCCCCUCUUGUCUCCUGGGAUGAAGGGAACAGGGACACCCCCGCCUCCUCCUCCCCAUCCUCUGGAGAAACAGCAUGUCCACCCUCAGCCGAAGCCCUACUCUCACUAUCACCACCAUCAGCCUGCCAAUGACGAAUACCAGGGCAGCUUUCAGAGCUGCUUCCACUUUGGAGAUUCUUACAGGAUGGAGCAGACGGUCAGUGGUGUCCACGUCCCAGCAGAAUCUCACGCCUACACUUCCCAUCAGCACAACGGCUUCCACAUGUCGACAACCAACACCAGUACUCCAGGCUUUAGUUUGACCCAGGAGCUUCAAGGCGGUGCAGGGUGCCAGUUCUCUUCAAGCCCAGAAGAGAGCAUCUUUUUCCAGGUGGGCAGCUUUGACCGCAGCCUGAGCCACAUGCCCUCGGUCUACACAGAGACAUAG